AUGAACUCUUCAGCAUAUAUCUGGAAGAAUAGAUUCAAAAAAGUGAAUGAAUUCAGCAUAUAUCUGACAGAAAGAACUUGCAUCCAGUUGAGCGGCAGCCAAAACAAAGGAAUGCCGGCAUGCCUGUCGCGCCACCGCCGCCUCCUCGCACCAGUACCACGCCAAGUUACCCAACGCCGCGCGGCGGCUUCGUGGGCGGCGGCCGUAGCCGACCACGCGCGCUCUGGACGCCACGCCGCCGCGCUCACCGUCUUCCGGCGUGUCCUCGCCGCCCACCCGGCCGCGGCCGCCGACGAGCUCGCCUACUCCGCGCUCCUCCGCUGCCGCGACGACCGCCUGGCCUACCAGAUACACGCGCAAGCAUGCCGCCGCGGCCUCGCCGCCUCCAACCCCGUCCUCGCCUGCUCCCUGCUCGCCUUCUACUCCUCGGCGCGGUCGGACCACCGGGCCGCCGCCAAGCUGUUCGGCGAAAUGACCCGCAGGGACGCCGUCUCCUACACCGCCAUGAUGUCGGCCUUCCUCCGCGCCGGGGAAUGGGCCCGGGCUCUCGCGCUCUACCCUCGCAUGCUCGCUGCCGCUGUACUGCCCACCGAGCGCACCUUUGCCAUCCUGCUGGCUCUCUGUGCCUCCCGGCGGCUGCGCCGCCAUGGGAGGCAGCUCCACGCGCAGCUCCUUCGUUGGGGGGCGGACCUGAACCUGGUGCUCAAGACCGCGCUUGUCCACAUGUACUCCUGCUGCGGCUUUAUGGGCUGUGCCCACGCCGUGCUCCGCUCCACGCCUGAAACCGACGUCGUGCUCUGGACGGCCAUGAUUGCCGGCUACUCGCGGACUGGAGACCUUCAGUCCGCUCUGCGGAUGUUUCGUCACAUGGAACUCGCCGCGGUGCCGCCCAAUGCCUUCACCUUCGCGGGCAUCAUCACCGCCUGCUCUUCCUCCGGCCAUCCUCAGGAGGGUUUCCAUGCAGGACGGCAACUCCAUGCCCGUGUAUUCAAGUUUGCUCUGGAGCACGACGUCUCUGUCUGCAAUGCGCUCGUCGACUUCUACAGCAAGUCAUCCGCCCGUUUACUCGACUUGGUCCAUGCGUUCAAUGCUGCUGACAGGCCGAAUGUGGUGUCCUGGACCGCCUUCAUCUCUGGACUUGCACGCCAUGGCAGAGACGAGGACGCGUUUGCAGCAUUCACCGAGAUGCGGGCUAGUGGGGUGCAACCCAACUCAUUCACCGUCUCCACCCUUCUCAAGGGCUGCAGCUCCUCAGAGUCUUUCAUACAUGCUGCGAAAAUCCAUGCUUAUGUGCUCAAGACCAGCUUCGAGUCUUUGGAUGUGGCUGUUGGGAACUCGCUGGUUGAUCUUUACUCCAGGUUUGCAAGAAUGGAUGAAGCAUGGGCAGUGGCGACAACAAUGGCAUUUGUAAGGGACAGCUUCACAUACACAAGCCUAGCCAAGGGGCUGAAUCAGGCCGGUCUUCCAAACAGGGCCCUUGAGAUGAUAGUCCACAUGUUUCAGGAGGACGUCCACAUGGACGGUUUCAGUCUCGCCUGCUUUCUCUCUGCUGCUGCGGCCUUGCCAUCCAUAGAGCCUGGGAUGCAGUUGCACUGCUGCUCGCUGAAAUUGGGGUUGAGCAGUCAGGUCUCGGUUUCUAACAGCCUUAUCAACAUGUACAGCAAGCACAAGUGUCUGCAGGAUGCUAAAAGUGUGUUCCAGUCAAUUAGGGAGCCGAGUGUUGUGUCCUGGAAUGCAUUAGUAUCAGGGCUGUCAUCCAAUGGAUCUUAUUAUGAAGCAUUGUCGGUCUUCGAAGACAUGACACUGGGUGGGGCUCAGCCUGAUGACAUCACUUUCUCUGUUGUGCUCUACGCCUGCACUCAGGGUGGCUUGAUUGACAUUGGGAUCAAACAUUUUAACUCUAUGAGGAAACAGUUUGGUGUUUCCCCACAAAGGAGCCACUACACACUCUUUCUGGAUAUGUUAGGACGAGCGGGUCGUCUUACAGAGGCAGCAUGCACCAUUGAGACCAUGCCUAUACAGCCUGACUUGUCGAUGUACAAGUGUCUGUUGGCAUUUUGCGAGCUCCAUAACGAUCUGGUUGUUGGCGAAAACGUUGCAAAGAAGGCACUAGAGUUAUACCCAUCAGACACAGUAUUGCAGAAUAUGCUUUCAGCCAUCUGUGGUGCUCCUUGGAAACAUGAGUGCCGUGUACAUGCACACAAGAUGAAGAGUGAUGCAGCUAUUUCUUUCGACAUCUCAACAUCGAGCAUGAGAUGAUGAGAAGAGUAAUGCAGGAUUUUCUGUUGUUCAGUGGUGAUUUUUUUCUUCAAGGAUUUAUGGAAAUUUCACUGCACGGAAACCACAUAUGAGGCAUUGGAUGAAAUAGAUUGUGUUCCACCCCCUUUUAAACCAAGCUCUUGUAGAGUGAGUAUGGUAUGAUGGUAUUCACUUAACCAGUUAGUGAAGGAAUACACCAUCCCUGUCAUACGCCGUCACUGAUUUGAGUUCUGGUAACCGUUGUGUGCUAAGACAGGCAAAAUGCUUGGUCUAAACCCUAAGCGAUAAUGGUAACCGUUCUUGCAUUGAAUUGAAUUGAAGCACUCUUCAGCUGGAUACCCACGCAAAAGGAAAAAUAAUCUGGAAAAUGGAGUCAAUUUCAAGCUACAAAUAGAAUGUCUAAUGUAAUGCUACAUGCCUACAUACGUAAAUAAAUAGUUUUACACCGCUGCAGGGUUAAGCUGAAUAUGACAUUAGGCUUGGAAGUGUUUGAACUCUCCUCCAGAGCGCUGACUGUACCACUUAGUAUAGUAUACAGAUUGUGGGGUAACCUUCCCUCUUGGACAAAGACCUACACUACAUGAAUAGGCAUUGAAUAUAAUAUGGUACAUCAGAUUUUGCACAUUAAUACAUUGGCAGAAUUUAUAGGGGACAGUUUUAUUUAAUUCUGUCAAGAAAAUAGUAGAAUAUAGCAAUAUCCUGUAGUUACACAUGUCCCUAAGUUAACAGCCAUUUUCUUUUAACAGUGGAAUGAUGUCCAUUUCUGUUUCACAGGACCAAUUCUAGGAUACGCCUCAGUCUCGGGAAACAAACCAACAUCAUGUGGAAGGUUCUGAGGCUGCUCUUUGCUGAUCCUUCUACCCGUGAUGUUACUGGAUCUUACCAAGGUGCCACAUUACUGCAAGAGUGGGUUCUACUCCUUGGCAAACCUCAUCAAUAGCAAAUUUGACAUUCUUCCUCAUAGCCACCAUAAGCCUUGCGAAGUAGAGGACUGAACCAUGAGACAUUGGAGCGGAAUGAGAAAAUGAGGUGCGAGUAAAACCUUGACAUCCAGUGGUUUAUAAUAUGAAGUGUGCUCGACGACACAAUCAGGGGCAAGCAGCUUCUUGAGCCGUGUCAUGUCCUUGUCAUUGAUGGAGGAGUAGAACUCCUGAAUCACAUCUGUCAGGGGUGAAGACGGUAAUGCAUUACCUCCACGGUAAGCAUUGCUAAGUCCCCCGGUUGCAUUUGACCCUAGUAUUGCUCGUAUGGGCUUUGGCGAACAUUGUUGCCUCGUUCCCCUGUUGGCGCUUAUCUGCUGGUGCCGGGACGGUGGGCGCUGUUUUAGGUUGAAAGAGGGAGGGUGGUAGGAGGCAAGCGUGAGGGCAGAAUUCAUGGUGUUGAGUGUUUGAAUGCAGAAAGAUGUGAGGUAGAGAAUGAUGAGGUAUGAUAUAGGGUUAUGGGUGUUUGGCAUUUUUGGUUGCUUGGUUGUUAGAGAAUGAAUCUGAGUACAUAGGGGAGGCUUCUUGGCA